AUGACAGGUCACUCAGGGAGCCAUGACGAAAUCCUGAAGAGGUUCCGCGAAGAACUUUACGAUGAGGACAUAUUGCACGAUGAAGACAGCAUUGGGACGGACGACGAGACUCUACUACGGUUCUUGCGAGCACGCAAGUUCGAUCUUGCCCAGUCGAAGAAGAUGUUCGUGGACUGUCAGCAUUGGAGGAAGACUGUCGAGGGCAUGGGUCUCGAUGAACUGUAUAAGCGCAUAGACCCGUUUGAUUACCCGGAGCGUGAGGUGGUCUUCGACUGCUGGCCGAUGUGGUUUCACAAGACCGAUAAAGAAGGCCGGCCCUUGAAUAUUCAUUUUUUUGGUGGGAUGGACUUGCCGAAGCUGUAUAAGUCAUGUACGCCAGAAAAGCACUGGCAGACGGUGAUAGUCAAUGCGGAGUCGCUCACACGAGAAGUCCUUCCUGCCGCAACCCGCGCUGCUGGGAAACCCAUCGGAACGACAUUUGUGAUAGUGGAUUUGCAGGGAUUUGGUUUGAGCGCAUUUUGGCAAAUGAAGGCACUUGCAAGGAUGGCUUUCCAGAUUUCACAGGAUUAUUACCCCGAAACGAUGGGCCAACUGGCAAUUGUUAACGCGCCGUCGACAUUCACGAUGAUAUGGAGCAUAAUGCGACCAUGGAUGUCCAAAGAGACGGUGGACAAGGUCGAUGUUCUGGGAAGCAAUUAUAAAAGCGUGCUUCUGGAUCUGGUAGAUGCUGAGAAUUUGCCUGCGUCCCUUGGGGGGAACUAUGGGAGAGUUGGUUGGGGUCCGAAGGCAGCAGCGAGGAGAGCAGAGAAUGAUUCGGACUCGGAUAUCGUGAAGGAGAAACUGAACGUGCAAGUUAGCGUUCGGGAGCCGUCUUUGGUAGAGAACGGGGUAUUACCGACCAUUGAGGUUUGA